AUGCCAAGAAAGUCGACAGGAGGGGUAUCUGUGGGAGGUGGAUCUCAACCUAGCACUCCUAAGUCGAGGAAAUCCAUCUCGACGGAUUCACCGCUUCCGCUGAAUCCUGAUGUAUCCAUCACCACUACUUCCGCCAACGCUUCACUGUCAAUCCCGACGACUUCAAAAGCUGUUCUCAAACAACAAGAAGUCGCACUUCGCGGGAUUGAAUCCUUCGAACUACCCCGUGGUCCUCUCAUCAAAUUCGCAAAAACCACCCUCCCCGACUCCAUCACCUUGCGCAAAGACACCCAAUCCGCCAUCGUCCGUUCCGCUUCCGUCUUCAUCAGCUACCUCACCUCCACCGCUCACGACAACGCCAAAGCCAAAAAAGGCAAGAUCAUAGGCGCCCAACACGUCAUCGAUGCACUACGAGACUUGGAUUUUACCCACGAAGAGGUCAAGGAAAUCAAGGAUCAUCUCAGAGCCUACAGAGAAGCAGCAGCAAAGAAGAAAGAGAAAUCGAAAGAAAGCAAGGAUGGAGCAACAGGGGAAGGAGAGAAGGAUGGCGAUCAGAGUUUGGUAGAGGAUGCGUUGGAGGUGGAAGAAGAGUACGAGGAGGAGGCGGCAGAGCAGGAAGAGGACGACGAAGGCGCAGAUCAGUUGAUGGACGAAGACUGA